GGCACCUUUGAUCCCAUGCGCAGCUUCGAUUAGCUGGACUUGAACCCCAGGUAGACCCCGUGCCAGCCGCCACAGGGCUCUUUAGGCCUUCAUGGCGCCUGGCUUCGACGUCUAACCCUGAAAAGCAUGGCUAGAAGUUGUACAUACCACGGUCGGUCGCAUGAACACGAGGAGUACCCGCAACUGCUUGAGCCUCCCGACAAGAAGCUGAGACCAGACAAUACUCCACUUCAAGGCACGCCGUGAUGACGGCGACGGAGCCAACCGUGGACGCCUCUGGUGUUCAGAUUCUUUACCAGUAUCCAGCCUGGCCGCAUAGGGCUUGCGAAGAAUGCAAAAGGAAGAAGACCAAAUGCGACAUGAGAAGACCCUCUUGCACAUUGUGUUCGAGAGUGGGCAGCCAAUGUGUCUUUCCAACCAAGAGAAAGCGACCGGAGCGCAUUCACGACACCAACUUGCGACCUAGGAAGAAGCACAUCACAGCUCAUCUGAAAGACCUUCCCGCAGAUGCCGUUGAGCGUCUCAUGGUUCUUACCAAUACCGACCUACAUAGACCGUUUUCAUCCCAGUCCCCGCCAGAAGACCUACAAUCGGCGCCGGAGCCUUGCAGCGGAGGAGAGAUCGUCAAUGUUCUGCACCUGACGAACGACAAGCAUCACCCUGAUUCAUUUCACCAAGGGUUACUCGAUGCCCAAACUGGUAUUCAGGAGCUAAUGCCAUGGGAAUUUCAAAUUGGUAUCAGCCCAAUUAUUCCAGACAACUACUUUCACGAUGGCAACUUCAGUGCUGACGAUCUUUCAUACCUGAAUGACAAAAGCCCAUCUCCGCCCAUCGGACUCGAGGCUGUUCCUAGUAGGCAGUCUGGCAGUCGCCACGGAGAAAACUCUGGCUCCCCACCUAGCAGUGCAUUGUUCACGACUAAUCAGUCAGCAACGGUCAACACUGAAACCAAGCGUUACCAAUUGAUAGUGCCAGACUUGUUGUUGAAAGAGCUAGUUGACAUCUUUUUCGACAAAGUCGCCUCCUUCCUGCCAAUCUUCCAUCGCCCAAGGUUUUACCAUCAGUACCUCCCUGACGACAUUGAGGAAGAGAUAACCUGCAGACGUGUGACUCUAGAGUCAGCCUUGAUCUUGAAUGGUGUCAUGAGUCUUUCUGCCCGCUUCUCACGAUCCCCCCAAUUCGAACAUAUGCCGCCAACAACGAGAGGUGACCAGUUCGCCAAGCAGGCGCAAUCCAUAUAUGCGGACGCCACUCGAUUCCAGGGUGAUGAAGCACCUAGCCUACGUUAUCUACAGGGCUGCAUACUCCUGGCAUUCUACCACAACACAAACCAUUCCAACUCGUUUGGCUGGACAUUGACUGGAGUUUGCACCCGUCUAGCAUACGACCUUGGUCUCAACACCGUUGACGACGAUGUUGACUACCAGUCUGGUUCAUGCAGCCCACAGUGGACCUCUACAGAAGAUUGGAUCAUGAGAGAGGAGCUUCGUCGAGCGUGGUGGUCCGUUUGGGAGCUUGACACUUUUGCCUCAACUGUGGCUAGACGGUCAUACACAAUUGACCGUAAUACGAUCCAAGUACUCCUUCCAGCUUCUGAUGAACACUGGUUUGAGGGAACCCCGGUCGCUUCAGCUCCCAUGGGAUCCACACCUGCAACGGCAUGGAAAAGCCUGCAGGGAUCACCGAACCAAGAUGAGCGGGCAUGGUUUCUUGUCGCGAACUACCUCAUGGCACUGGCAUACGACCUGAUGACACGAAAGGACGUCUGUACAAGGACUAAAGCCGAGAUGGAAAACUCACUUACGUGCUUCGGUCUCAGCUUGCCUCAGCACUUCCGAUUGACAAACCCAAGGUUCGUAUUCAAUGAUGCCAGUUUCGCAAGGAGCAACUGGAUCAUUGCCACAAACGUUAUCCUGCAAAGUGCACGCACCUAUGGCGCCCUCACUCUCUGUGCUCCAAGCGAUGGCGCCAGCCCCGCUUCGCAGUCACCAAGCAGCAUCCGAUCCAUACCUGAAGAUCAAGACACUUCCUCGCUCAAGUGCGUUCAGCAUGCCCAUGACGUUGUCCGAGCCAUCAACGCUUGGUCACCUGACUAUAUGGAGUACACUUCACCAUUCAUCGUAUGCUCCUUGGUCGGGCCGGCUGCCAUGCACUUCAGCCCACUCCUGCCCAGUAGUCCUGGAGAAUCAACUCAAGCACACAGCUUGGAGCGGGAAGUCGUGACCCUUGGUAUUGCUCAGUUUGCAAGAGUCUGGGGUCUUGGCUACCUGAUGCUCGAUCUGACCCAUGCCCUACACAAGUUGACUGGGGACUCUACAUUUCCACUCACGCCUGCGGAACGCGACCUCGCUGUGCGCUACACGACCAUCGCCCCAGCGGUGGGCAGUAAAUUUCGCUUGAAGUCAUUACCCACCUAGUCGAGGAGACGCCGCGUCAAUCUGGUGUCCGUGAAUGCAACGAUGUUUAAAAUCUUGGGAUAGACUAGGCAGGAUCACUGGAUAUACCUUCGGAGUACCACUCAGCCUG